AUAUUGAUAUGCAUACUCUUUUCUAAGUUUACAUUUAACUUUUUAUUUUUGAAGCUUGAAUAUCAUUUUUUUGCAAACAGAAUGGGGAAUCCUUAAAACUAAGAGAUGUUGCAUUUCUGCUAACCAACAAUGUCAGCCCGAUACAUGAAACUGCCUACUUCAGACCAAGUGGAUGAUGUCCGACUAGAUUUCUCCUCUUCCUUUAGCUACUCCAGUGUAGACAACCAAUUUGCUCCAAUCAACCCUAACAAAUACAGAUCAGCGUUUAGCUUUACAGAAUCCCGCUGUGUUGAAGAUGUUCAGUUCACAAGAGGUAAAGUGAAGCAGCCUUUGAUUGGUCGAGUGUGCCACCUGUUUCUGACGGCUUGCUGUAUCCUACUCCUGAUCCUAACCUUCCCUGUCAGUGGCUGGUUCUGUUUCAGGAAACUGGGACAAUAUGAGAGGAUUGCUAUAUUCCGUUUAGGACGACUUGUGGAGAUUAAAGGUCCAGGGAUAGUUUUCAUUUUACCAUGUGUGGAUAACUGUAGAAAAGUAGACAUGAAGAUAAAGGCAUUUAAUGUGCCCCCACAGCAGAUGAUAUCAUCAGACAGAGGAGUAGUAGAGGUUGGGGCAGACGUUUUCUAUAAAGUCGUAGACGUGGAAAAAUUUGUUCUUAGUCUUCAGGAUCUGAAUUCACCUUUACGUACACUUCUGAUGGCAUCCCUCAAAAAUAGCUUUGUCCGCAGAGACUUGGAGGACAUGAAGUCAAAUAAACUGAUAAUAGCCGCUAAAAUACAGGAGGAUACAAAUGCCACAACCAGUGGAUGGGGCGUAGAAGUUGUCAAGAUAGAAAUACCAUUUAUAAAAGUACUCCAGGCCCCUGAGCCCAGGGACCCUCUAGCUGCAUUAGGUCUUGGAGGGGAUCUUCCCAACACAUUCCAGCAGCUGGCCACUAUGUUUAUGCAGAAUAUAAAAGGUAGUAGAUACUCCAGUGACAAUAAGUCUGGUGAGGAGCAGCAAGGGGCUACCCCUGAACCUCCAACACUCCCUACUGUUAUGGCCCUCUCCCCAGAUGGCGCUGCAGGUAGUGUUGAGGAUGCCCCAUCUCCAAGGGAGGUCAUCAGGGCUGCUGGGCGACUGAUCAAUGAAGUGACCGUUAGGCAGAAUGGUAAUGUCUACUUGUUCCAGCUGGAUGGAGAAAAUGGUGGACUCUUUUAUCUAGAUCUCAAGAAUGGAAGUGGAAGUGCUGGGGAAGGCCUGCCCCCUGGUGGUGAACCUGAUGUGACUUUGACCUUGUCUGUGUCAGAUAUGCAGAACAUGUUUGUGGGGAACACAAAGCCCCUACAGGCCUACAUGAGUGGGAGACUUAAGGUAUCAGGGGACUUAUCAGCUGCCUUAAGUUUGGAGGACUUUGUGAAAAAAGUAGUUGAAAAAAUUAAAUCUGAACAAACAGAGUCACAUGAUAGAUUUCUUCAUGUAUAGCAUGUAUGUGAGGCGUAAACAGAUGAAUUGAGAAUGAUUGCAGAAAAAUUACUUGUUUGAUUUAAUCUAUUUGAUAAUUUUUCUUUUGUCUGUGAUAAUAUUUUAUUGAAUUAGUGCACUUCCAAAGUGAAAUCUGUUUUUAAAUGUUUUACAGCCACAUCAUAAAUAUCCAACAACUCCCUUUUUGACAAUUCCUGUAAUCUUGGUAAUAAUCAUUUUCUUUGUGUUCUUGUGGUGCCAUGUUAUAAUUUUUUUUUGUAUUCACUAUUUAUAAUAAAAUUUGUAUAUAAUUUCAUAAUUCAA